CCACCAUGGUGAUGUUCAAGAAGAUCAAGACCUUCUCUUUGGCCUUCAGCGAGGCCGACAAAGUCUACAGCAGCGGGGAGAAGGUGGCCGGCCGGGUGACGGUGGAAGUGGCCGAGGUCACCCGCGUCACCUCCGUCAAGAUCUUGGCUUGCGGGGUGGCCAAGGUCCUGUGGAUCAAAGGACCCCAGCAGUGCAAGCAAGUGAUGGAGUACCUGCGCUACGAAGACGUCAUCACGCUGGAUGACCAGCCCGCCGAUUCUGAUGGCUCUGUGAUUCUGAGGCCAGGGAACACCUAUGAAUACAAGUUUGGAUUUGAGCUGCCCCAAGGACCUCUUGGCACUACCUUCAAGGGGAAGUAUGGCUGUGUUGAUUAUUGGGUGAAGGCUUUCCUGGAUCGCCCGUCUUUCCCAACUCAAGAAAUAAAGAAACACUUUGAAGUUAUGGAUCAAAUUGACGUCAACACUCCAGACUUGAUGUCACCGGUCUCUGCCAAGAAGGAAAAGAGAGUUUCCUGCAUGUUCAUUCCUGAUGGACACAUAUCUGUUAGCGCCAGGAUUGACCGCAAAGGGUUCUGUGAUGGUGAUGACAUCUGCAUAAACGCCGACUUCGAGAACACUUGCUCCCGAAUUGUGGUGCCUAAGGCAGCCAUCAUUUCCAAACACACCUACUUGGCCAAUGGGCAAACCAAGUUCUUCACCCAGAAGCUGUCCUGUGUCCGAGGCAACCACAUCGUCUCCGGCAUGUCUGAAACUUGGCGUGGCAAGACUAUCCGCGUCCGGAAAAUCAAACCAUCAAUCCUGGGCUGCAACAUCUUGCGUGUAGAGUACUUCCUACAGAUCUAUGUCAGCGUCCCGGGUUCCAAGAAGAUUAUCCUGGAGCUGCCCCUCGUCAUCGGCAGCAAGUCCUCUGGCAUCGGCAGCCGUAGCUCCAGCAUGGCCAGCCAGGCUAGUUCUGAGAUGAGCUGGGUGGACCUCAACAUCCCUGAUAUGCCAGAAGCACCUCCCUGCUAUCUGGACAUUGUCCCUGAAGAUCACCGCCUGGAGAGUCCUACCGCCCCUCUUAUAGAUGAGCUGGACAACUCCUUUGACAGCCCCAUCUUCAUGUAUGCACCAGAGUUCAAGUUCAUGCCCCCACCAACCUACACAGAGGUGGAUCCUUGCAUUGCCAACAACAACGUUCAAUGAGCACCAGCUAAACGAAGCAACUUUUCACAGUUGUCUUCUCCAGCCUUUUCUGGACUCAUUUAAGAAUUGCACUCGCAGAUUGCGCCAGGCGGAAAAUUCCGAAAUUUUCUU